AUGGCUCCUAAGGCCGAUGUCCAGGUCCUAAUCGUCGGUGGCGGCAUUGCCGGGCUGACGCUGGCCAACAUCUGUAAGAAAAUUGGGCUCAGCUACAAGGUGUUCGAGCGUACUGCCGAGGUGACCCCCGUGGGUGCAGGCAUCUCGCUGGCCCCGAAUGCUCUCCGGUUGCUCGACCAACUUGGCUUCAUGGACAUUAUCCGGAAGGAAGGCCAGCCGCUGCGAAAGAUUCAAGUCUAUCGCAACACUACCCGAUGGAGUCUACUUGACUUUGAAUGGCUCGAGCCAACAUAUGGCUAUUCAAUGUACUCGAUGCCCCGGCACAGCAUGCACCGCGCCUUGUACCACCGGGUGGAUCCGGAGCACGUCAUUCUGGGAGCUGAGGUUGUUGGCAUUGAGGAUGAGCCCAACUCUCCGACGGUCAAGAUUCGCCUGGCAGAUGGCCGCGAGUUCAGCGGUGAGGUGCUCGUGGGCGCCGAUGGCAUUCGGUCGAUCGUACGGCGGCUCCUUGCCGACAAGCAAGGGCUGGCAGGCGUCAACACCAUCCGGUUCACCGGGCGCACCCACAUGACGGGCAUCUCCUAUCCGCUAGAGCAUCUCGGACCUAACGAUCUCGGGGUGGCAACCUGGGUUUUCUACGAUGACUGCAUUCUCACCUCUUGGCCAUGUACCGAAAAUCGCCAAUGGUUUGUCGGGGUCAAGCCCUCCGAAGCCAAGACCACCACACGGUCCACUUGGAAAGGUGCCACUAAGGAAAUGAUCAACGAAAGCUACGGACACCGCUUCCAUCCGUUUGGCAAGAAUCACACCGGCGCUUGCCAGGCAAUUGAGGACGUGGGAGAAUUGGCCAACCUGCUGCACACCUACUUUGCCGGCCAGUCGGGCGAUCCGCAGGUGCUGCAGGACUUGCUGCAGGAAUUCCGCAAAAGCCGAGAGCCACGGGCACGCAACCUUGUGUACUAUUCCAGCAUUUUCGCACAGGUGCAUACAGGACGCCUUCCGUACGGGCUGGGGCCACUGGCACGCCGGAUUGCCUUCACCUAUGCCCCUGUGUGGUGCUGGAAAUGGGCUUGCAAUCCAUUGUACGGGUACCAGCCGCGCGUCCACGCGUUGGAUCUGUUGUCGCGGUGA